UGGGUCGGUCGGUGAAGCUGCUUCUUGGCUCCUGAGCUCCGAGAGAGAGAUAAGCCGGCUGCAGAGACUCUGGAGACAGCACAGUUGGAAAUAAAGAAGAGAAGACAAAGAAGAGAGGAUAAUUUAACACACAGGGAAGGCGACUGUAAGGGAGAGAUGGCUGAGGCACAGCAGCAGCAACAGCAGGAGGAAGGAGGGGAGAAGGAGAAGGAAGAGGAGCAGCAGCAGUCGAGCCCCGUGGAGAAGACUGAACCUGACGAAGGGGCUGAAGAACCGAAGGAGAUCGCCCAGACGACCCCGUCUCGACCUCUGCUCUCCACGAGGUCCAUGAGCAUCGUGGACCCAGAUGAUGACACGCCCAACAUGAUUGUUUACAGAAAGAUUGAAGACAUUAUCACUCGCAUCCAGGACGAGACGGACGGUGUACCCAUCAGAACUGUCAAAAGUUUCAUGACGAAAAUCCCCAGUGUCGUUACGGGUGCAGAUAUUGUACAGUGGCUGAUGAAGAAUCUGUCCAUUGAGGAUCCAGCUGAGGCGAUGCACAUUGGGAGUUUAAUUGCAGCUCAGGGGUACUUCUUCCCAAUCUCAGACCAUGUCCUUACCCUGAAAGACGAUGGAACUUUCUACCGCUUCCAGGCGCCAUAUUUCUGGCCGUCCAACUGCUGGGAGCCUGAGAACACAGACUAUGCUAUUUACCUGUGCAAGCGGACCAUGCAGAACAAGACGAGGCUGGAGCUGGCAGAUUAUGAGGCUGAGAACCUGGCCAGGCUGCAGAGAGCUUUUGCCAGGAAGUGGGAGUUUAUCUACAUGCAGGCUGAGGCCCAGGUCAAGAUUGACAGGAAAAAGGAUAAAAUUGAAAGGAAGAUCCUGGACAGCCAAGAGAGAGCUUUCUGGGAUGUCCACAGACCUGUGCCUGGAUGUGUUAACACCACAGAGAUGGACAUCAGGAAAUGUAGACGCAUGAAGAAUCCUCACAGAGUUAAGAAGUCGGUGUAUGGUGUGAUAGAGGAGGGAACACAGUCUCAGAGUCCCAUACACACUCCUUUACACCACUGCAGGAAAGGCACCAAGGAGGAUGUAGAAAAGGAGAUCGUAUUCCUGAAUACCCAGCUAGAUCGUCACUGCAUGAAGAUGUCCAAAGUUGCUGAAAGUCUGAUAGCCUACACUGAGCAGUACUUGGAGUAUGACCCAUUUGUGACAUCACCUGAACCAUCCAACCCCUGGACCAGCGAUGACCCCACUUUCUGGGAUUUGGAGGCUAGUAAGGAGCCCAGUCAGCAGAGGGUGAAGAAGUGGGGCUUCUCUUUGGAGGACGCCUUGAAAGAUCCAGCAGGGCAGGAGCUUUUCCUCAAGUUUCUAGAAUCAGAGUUUAGCUCAGAGAAUCUCAGGUUCUGGCUGGCUGUGCAGGAAUUAAAGAGGAUACCUCAGCACGAAGUUGCACAGAGGGCACAGGACAUCUGGGCAGAGUUCCUGGCAGAGGGAGCGCCCAGCUCUAUUAACCUGGACUCCCACAGUUACGAACGCACCAGCCAAAACCUGAAAGACCCUGGACGAUACAGCUACGAAGAUGCACAGGACCACAUCUACAAGCUGAUGAAAAGUGACAGCUAUUCACGUUUCCUGCGCUCCAACCUGUACCAGGACCUUCUGAUGGCGAGGAAGAAACCUGAAACGGAGCAGGGCCGACGCACCUCCCUGGAGAAGUUCACUCGCAGUGUGGGCAAGUCAUUGACAGGCAAACGACUGACGGGUCUCAUGCAGUCGUCCUGACAAGGCCUGGAUGAAGAAUAGGUGGAACCAUACCCAGAAGAGCUGCUUACCUAUGGGAAGCAGGUGGAAAAGGACCCUGGGGUGUGCUUGUGUAGCUAUGGGAGGUGGAUAAGCGCGCCAAACAAGCUUACACCACUGGAUUGGACUACUACCACAUGUGAAACUCACCUCAGAUCAGUUCAAGCGGACCGACAGCAUGCAAUAAGUCACCAGACCUGACACCAGUGCUGUCACAGUGUAGAUGAUAAACAAUGCUACUCCUCUUAGGAAGUUUCUACAAAAAUCACCUGUACUAAGGAAAGCCGGGCUCAGUUGUUUCUCUCUAUCUACUCUCAUGUUAAUAUAGUAGCUGAAGAGGCUAUUGCUUUUACUUUCAGUGAUAUAAACACGGAAUGCUUGAAUGCCUUGACAGAUGUCAAACGAGACUUAGAUUAAAUGCUGUAGCUAGCUGUUUUAUCUCAUCAUUCACUACGAUGAUAUAAGGGAAUGAAACACUGGGAGCAGUUUACAGAUGCUUGACUGCCAGGUGGUGUAGUACACUGAACUUAUGAUUGACUAAAGCUUUUAGAUCAACUUACUAUUGUAUGACACAAGAUAUGCCUCUGUAUGUCCAAUGCCGAUUUACUUGGUUACAGUGUGCGCUCACAUUUAAAUCAGCACACUUGCUGCUUUUGUCUGUCUCCCUGCACUUAUAGCUGUGUAAUGUAGUACUGUAGUUGGUACAAUAGUAUGUGUUAGUAUGUGCAACAGUAGCUACUAAUACUGAAGUUAGUACAAGCACAAGCUGAAAUGUCUGCUUUUAAAUUCAAGUAAAGGGCACCAAACACGAAGGCCACACGUAUCCUGGAAAGCUAACCAAAAUCAGUGUUGACCUGAUCAUUUGGACAUAUUCUUAAUCUACAAAUCAAUAAUUACUUUGCCCUAAACAUAUGUUGUGGACACCCAGAGGUGAACAUCUUGUCAUAAAAAGGUGAGUUGGUAGGUUUACAAACAGUUGUAUUGCUUUAAACGGGUGGGUGGAUAAAGGUUAGGCUUUACUCUAUCUUCUAAACAUUCCACUGCAGGCGGCCACAGUAAUGUUUAUUUGGCUGACUUCUUACCAUUCUUCACUUUGUGUAAAGAUGACAAUAAAAGAGGAAUGCACAAUAAAGACGGAGUUUUG